AAACGUCAGAAAAGUGAAAGAAAAGUCCAAAUCGUAGUUUUUUUUCGUCUGUUUUGUGUGAACUGCUUGCAACGACACAGAAAAAGAAAAGUGAAUUUUAUUUGCAAAUUAUCUUUUGUAACUUUCGAAAAUUUUGGAAAACUAAAAAACAAAUUAAAUUCUCUUCCCAAACUUAAAAACAAACCUAACAAGAAAUAAGGAAAUAAUUUCAAGGACAUUGUCUCGUGAAAAAUAAUUAAUACGCGAAUUCUAAAGACACAUUCAUCACGAAUCGUAUCGAAUCACCCAUCGUAUCGUCGUCGACAAUAGACAUCGACAUCGACUCGGACGGACUCGAAACUCUACAACGAUCGAGAAGUUUUCCUCAUCACAAUCACACAAAAAAGUCGUCUACUUGGGCUGUUUCUUUGGUGUUUCGCUGUUCGCUGUUUGCUGUUCUGUCGUGCCCAGUGUUUGCCCCAGCAGCACCCAGGCCAUCAGGCCAGCAGUGUACAAAAUGCACUGAAAAUGAAUUAUUUACUGCAAAAGUCCACAAAGAAUCUUUUUCGAAACGAGUGUUUUUACAUGAAUUGAAGUUUUUGGCCAAAAAAUUGAAGAAUCAGUGAAGUUAGAGAGACUUUUACUUUUGAUUGGAUUUUAAGUCCUCCUUCGUGUCGGUUGCGUUCGGACUUCGCAGACAGAAAAAUAUAAUUCUUUUUUGUUCUUUUUUUGUCUUCUCUCAGAUAAACGAUAAACGAAUUUGUUCUUUGCGCCCCUUUGCCCUUCGGCCCCUUCCGCUCGACCCACGUCAUAUUUAUGGACUCUUAAUGUAAUGCACUUCGCAACGAAUCCUACGUAAUUUCUUUUAAGGAAGAAGAACAAGAGAAAUAAAAUAAAAACAAAAUGAAAUGAAAUCAAAUGAAAAUUGUUAAAAAACAUUUUUAUUUGUAUUUUUAGAAAAAGAUUGUGUCGACGAAUCGAUAGGGGAACAAGGAGAGCUGUGCUACAGAGAAGGAGGUUCUUCUUCAUAACGAUACAAAAUCUAUCUUCUUCCUCCAAACCCAUCCAACUAAAAGGAUACACGUCUCCCCCCUUUUUGUUGUUAUUAUAUAUAUUUUUAUAUAAUUUUUAUAAUUUUUAUUUUGUUAAACAUACUUCAGAGGAGACAAACAAAAAUAAAAAAAAUAAAAUUAACCAAAAAAUGAGUGGAAAAGUGCGAUUAAAGGCGAAUGGAGUCCUCGAUGAGGAUCCACCAACAUUGAAAGACAUCUCAUUUCAAUAUCUAUCAAAUAAUUUGGAGGUUAUAAGUUGUUGCGAUGAACGGGGAUAUCGUAUUUUGGACGAUGGUAUCGUUUUGCCAAAUGACAUUUGUGAUCGUUUUUUAGAGUGUUACCAGCGCUUCCAAAAGCAUCUGGACGAUAAAGUUGUUAAUUUAUUCCGGGACACAGAAAAGACCUCGAUUAAGAUUGUACAUUUAAGAAAUAGUACAUUGACUGGUGAUGGUCUAGAAAUUCUACUCCGACAUAACUUGUAUGCACUGUCAAUAUGGUAUUGUGACAAAAUAACAGUCCAAUCACAUCAUCUUCUAGCGCGCUACGGCGAAAGUCUUCGAUCGCUAGAACUAGGUUUAAGUGCACAUCUCCUGCAACAGCCCGAACCAAAUGAAAAAGAACCCGUAGACUUCCAAUUAAAUUGUCCUCACCUGCGUCGUCUUGUCUUGAAUGGUGUUGUUAUGCAUCAUCGCCUGCAAUUUGCUCAUCUGCAAGACUUGAAUUAUUUAGAUUUAACAUCAUGCAUUUUGGCCAAUUUUAGUUUGGAAGCAUUAUGCAGUCUACCCAAUUUACAUACGUUAAUAUUAUUUAAUGUAUGGCCAAUAGCAAAUCAACUCCAUGCUAUUUGCAGAAUGAAGAAAUUACGAACACUUGAUAUAUCGAUAAGUGGUUCGGUAAAUGGUCAUGGGACAUACGAUCUUCCAGAUCAGACACUUGAAAUGCUUGUUGAGAAUCUACCUGAAUUGUCGCACUUGGAUAUUUCGGGAACGAAUUUAGCUGGCAAUGGAGUCGCUCAGAAGGGAGUGUGUGAGAAGAAAGAUGGCUUUAGUUCGUUGGAAUCUCGACCGCAAAUGAAUUCAGACAUUCCUGGUUUGGCGGGAAGAACUGAACGGCCACUUCAGUACCUUGGCCUUUAUCAUACACCACAUUGGGCCUGUAAAAGACAUGAUAUUCCAGCUAUUGAGAUUGCUGGAGAUGCGAAUGAAGAGCAAAUACUGACUGCAGCGCUUUACUAUUAUGACAGACCUGCUGUUCUGACAAGGGUUCUGAAUGAUUUAUAUCACAUCUUUCGUUUUGAAUGUUGCAAGGAGAUUCAUACAGCUCUGGAUGUUGUUCUCACAGCUAUGGAUCGUCAUUUAAAAUUCAAACAUAUGCAGAUAUCCGGAAGUGCCACUCUGUUUUACAUAGUGAAGGGACGUGAUCGAUCGAAGUUUGGGACGCCUCUUAAAAAUCACAUAAUCCGCACUCUGCUCAAUGGAAUGGAAAUGCACAUAACUGACGACACAAUGCUCCGGAAUGGCUACCUGACCCUCACACAGUUUUCCAUGCCAAAUGAUGUGCUUUUUGAGUAUGAACGCCUCAUCAAGGUUUUACUGCAUGGUGUAUCCAAAACCGAACAAGAAGGCUUUGUUCAAAGAAUAGCUAUUUAUUUACUAAACACCUUAGCUUGUCAGGUCGAUGGGAGACAGAAAUUAUUUUUAGGUGACAUGGGCGUUGUUAGUACGAUGUUAGGCUUAAUCAAGGACCGUUUAACACGCUCUGUUUUUGACGAUGUUAUGGAAGUAGCGUGGUCGACGAUGUGGAACGUAACCGAUGAGACUGCAAUUAAUUGUAAGAGAUUUUUAGAUGGAAAAGGAAUGGAGUACUUCCUAAAAUGUUUAAAUACAUUUCCUGAUCGUGAAGAACUCCUAAGGAAUAUGAUGGGUCUUCUGGGUAAUGUGGCUGAAGUCAAAUGGCUAAGACCAAACCUAAUGACAUCGGAAUUUAUUGAAGUGUUUGCAACACUCCUUGACUCUGAUAGUGAUGGAAUUGAAGUAAGUUACAAUGCGGCAGGUGUAUUAGCGCAUAUAGCUUCAGAUGGUCCAGAGGCAUGGACAAUUCAAUUGCCGACCCGCGACGAUGUCCUGCUGCGCAUGGUUAAAGCAAUCGAUCGUUGGGACAUCAAGAGUCAACGGAACAUAAACUAUCGUAGCUUUGAGCCAAUUUUGGGCUUGGUUCGUUGCUAUGACACACCUCAGUGUCAACAUUGGGCUGUUUGGGCAUUAGCUAAUUUGACAUGUGUGUAUCCUGAAAAGUAUUGUAGACUUGUUGAACAAGAAAAUGGCUUACAUAUUUUGAGUGAUUUAAUAUUGCAUCCCAGUCCGUAUGAUAAAAUCAAAGAAACAGCACAAUUGGUUAUCAAACAUUGUGUGAAUCAGGGGGCAACUCUUGAGGGAUAGCCAAUGCAGGUUGAUGAUAUUGAUGCCUAUUACAACUGUUAACGCCUUUAUUGUUAGUUUCUUCUGUCUCUUAUUAUUAUAAUUAAUUUUCUUAGAAUUUAAUUUAAGUGUUUAGUUUGUACUUAGUCUCUUUUAAUCACAUACAUAAUAACAGCAUGCUUCGAAAAAGACCUGAAUGUAAGUUUCAAAACAACAGAAAACAAAAAAAACGCCUUUCUUUCUUUCUGCCUUCCCCUUCCCCUUCCCCUUUUUAUUAUUCACUUUCUCACACUUUAUAUUAAAAUUAUUAUUAUUCAAGAGACAAGUUCUACAUCGAUUUACUUUAUAUUGUAAAUAUUUGCUGCGCAAAGAAUAUUGAUCUUUAAAGAAGAAGAAAAAGAAGAAGAA